GCUUUGAACUGUAUUUUCCUACGUGUGAGCGACACAGAAAGUAGCCGAUGGAUUUGUUACCGGCGGAGACGUCAUCGGAGAUUGUAAAGAAGCACAGAUUUAGGUCACUGAAAAUGGUAGACUUGAAUUACGAUGAAGUUUUGUCGGAUGUUCCGUACGGAGCGGACCACGGUAAACUCGACAAUGGACUCCGUUACUACGUCCGAUUGAAUUCAAAGCCUAAAAUGAGAGCUGCCUUGGCACUCGCCGUGAAUGUCGGCUCAGUCCUGGAAGAUGAAGAAGAGCGGGGAGUUGCUCACAUAGUUGAGCAUCUUGCUUUCAGUGCCACUAAGAAAUACACAAAUCAUGAUAUCGUCAAAUUUCUUGAAAGCAUUGGAGCAGAGUUCGGUGCUUGUCAGAAUGCAGUUACAUCAGCAGAUGAAACUGUUUAUGAAUUGUUUGUUCCCAUUGACAAGCCUGGGCUUUUAUCUCAAGCCAUUUCGGUCUUGGCAGAAUUUAGUUCAGAGAUUCGAGUAUCAGCAGAGGAUUUGGAUAAGGAAAGAGGUGCCGUUAUGGAAGAGUAUAGAGCAAACAGAAAUGCCAAUGGCAGGAUGCAGGAAGCACAUUGGCUUUUGAUGAUGGAAGGUUCAAAGUAUGCCGAGCGCUUACCAAUUGGAUUGGAGAAGGUGAUCCGGACAGUUUCUCCUGAGAUUGUGAAGCGAUUCUAUACAAAAUGGUACCAUUUGCAGAAUAUGGCCAUUAUUGCUGUUGGAGACUUUUCUGAUACAAAGAGUGUUGUUGAAUUAAUAAAGACGCACUUUGGUAGUAAAGUUUCAGCGACUGAUUACCUGGAGACACCUAGAUUUCUAGUCCCAUCUCACGAGGAGCCUCGUAUAUCGUGUUUUGUGGAGUCUGAAGCUGCUGGGUCAGUAGUCAUGAUCAGCUGCAAGUCACCAGUGGAUGAGCUGAGAACUGUGAAGGAUUACAGGAAUUUACUUGUAGAAGCCAUGUUUUACCAUGCCAUGAACCAGCGGUUCUUUAAAAUAUCACGCAAGAAGGAUCCACCUUACUUUUCAUGCUCUGUUGCUGCAGAUGUGGUUGUACAGCCAAUCAAGGCCUAUAUAAUGACUUCAUCUUGUAAAGAAAAAGGGAUUCUUAAUGCCUUGGAAUCGAUGCUCACAGAGAUUGCUAGGGUUCGGCUACAUGGGUUUUCUGAGCGAGAAACAUCCGUUGCACGGGCAUUGAUGAUGUCUGAAAUUGAAUCUGCAUAUUUGGAGCGCGAUCAAGUGCAGUCAACCAGUUUGCGUGAGGAAUAUUUGCAUCAUUUCCUUCGUAAUGAACCUGUUGUUGGAAUUGAGUAUGAGGCACAACUUCAGAAAACUAUUUUACCUCACAUAUCUGCAUCUGAGGUAUCCAAGUAUUCAGAGAAUUUUCGCACUACACGUAGUUGCGUCAUAAAGGCAAUUGAACCUCGAGCUGUUGCAACGGUGGACGAUCUCAAAGCUGCUGUGUUAAAGAUAAAUUCAUUUGAGGAAGACGGAAAUAUUUCCCCUUGGGAUGAAGACCACAUCCCAGAAGAGAUUGUUACUUUAAAGCCAAACCCUGGGACUCUAGUGCAGGAGUCUGAAUAUUCCAAUAUUGGAGCCACUGAGCUGAUUCUGUCAAAUGGAAUCCGUGUCUGCUAUAAGUGCACAGACUUCCUCGAAGACCAGGUUUUGUUUACAGGCUAUGCAUAUGGGGGUUUAUCUGAACUUCCAGAAAGUGAAUACAUCUCAUGUUCAAUGGGUUCCACUGUCGCUGGAGAAAUUGGUGUAUUUGGUUAUAGACCGUCAGUGCUGCUGGAUAUGCUUGCUGGUAAGAGAGCUGAAAUCGGUACAAAGCUUGGAGCAUAUAUGAGAACUUUCUAUGGUGACUGUUCACCUUCGGACUUGGAAACUGCCUUGCAGCUGGUCUAUCAACUUUUUGCAACAGUCGUAGUACCAGGGGAAGAGGACAUCAAGAUUGUGAUGCAAAUGUCUGAAGAGUCCAUUAAUGCUCAGGAAAGAGACCCAUAUACUGUCUUUGCAAACCGUGUGAGGGAGCUUAAUUAUGGGAAUUCCUACUUUUUCAGGCCAACAAGAAUCAGUGACCUUCGAAAAGUUGAUCCAUUUAAAGCCUGUGAAUAUUACAACAAAUGUUUCAAGGACCCAUCAACUUUCACUGUGGUGAUCGUUGGGAAUAUUGAUCCUGCUAUUGCUAGGCCCUUGAUAUUACAAUAUUUGGGUGGAAUUCCAAGACCAUCUGAACCAAUUUUACAAUACAACCGUGAUGACCUCAAAGGCUUGCCAUUUACUUUCCCCACGACCAUAAUUAGAGAAGUUGUUCGCAGUCCCAUGGUGGAAGCACAGUGCUCUGUUCAGCUAUGCUUCCCUGUCGAGUUAAAGAAUGAAAAAAUGAUGGAGGACAUUCACUUCAUUGGGUUUUUGAGCAAGCUCUUGGAAGCUAAAAUAAUUCAGGUUCUGCGAUUCAAGCAUGGACAGAUCUACUCUGCUGGCGUUUCUGUGUUUCUUGGUGGUAACAAACCUUCACGAGUUGGUAAUGCUCGUGGUGAUAUUAGUGUAAACUUUUCUUGCGAUCCAGGUGUAGCUCUAGCACUGGUUGAUCUUGCUUUAGAUGAGAUAUUGCGUCUUCAGGAGGAAGGACCUUCAGAUGCAGAUAUUUCAACAGUACUUGAGAUUGAACAGCGAGCCCAUGAAAAUGGAUUACAGGAGAAUUACUGGUGGCUUGAUCGGAUAUUGCUUGGCUAUCAAUCUAGGAUCUAUUCUGGGGAUGUUGGUACUUCCUUUGCGGUUCAAGACGACAGUCGCUCAGAUGUUAGGAAAACCUUGACACCAGUGACAGCUCAGCUAGCCCUGCAGAGGAUUAUACCUUUCCCUUGCAAAAGACAGUACACAGUAGUAAUUCUGAUGCCUCAGGCUUCUCGUCUUAGAAUGCUAAAGUCCAUCGUGGCUGAUCCAAAGGUUCAAGCUGGAUUUGCUGGCCUGAUAAUUUUGGGUUUCUGCGUUUGGAGAUAUUCACGCAAUUCAUCGAAAUCGUAAAGUCCAUGUUCGAGUACUUGCAAGAACCUUGAAAUUUUGAACGGGAAUAGCUCAUUUGUUUCCAGGUGAUGGAUACAAAAUACAUGGCGAUAUAUGAGGCGCCUUCUAGAGGAGAUGCAUGUAUUCUAGUAUUUCCUCUAGCUUAUCCCCUUGUGCUUGGAGAUAUUUAAAUCUCAGAAGUUGAAGCUAACUGUGUGCUGUUUUGGUCUAUUUGUUCUUUGUAAAUUAUAUUCAUUGUUAUCACCACAAAAGCAAUGUAGUCCGAAUGUUUCACACCUUGUGACAUUGUUGAAUUGCUGAAACCCGUUGCGGACCCA